AUGUAUACCACGCCGAGAGCCUCCUCCUGUCGUCCAAGCAUGGUAGCAAUAUCACAGGUGCUCUUCAGGGCUGUUGAUCGGUAUGGUUCUUGGCGUAAAGAGCAUAAUAAGGUCAUCGAAGUGUUGCUCGAUGUGUUGCCGCAAACCGACGGUUGGGCGCCUUUGAUGUCACAGCAGUACAGCGAUCUUCCAGUGAGCAUUCAAUCGGCGCUGAACCGUCUGUUUAAGGAAGCUAUCCUAAGAUCCGAUCUUACUCUUGUCCGGUCUUUGAUUCGAGUGGGCAUUGAUGCCAAUCAACCCCUGACCAGCAUCCUCCAACAGUAUCUAAUACAUAGGGCGGCAACUGCAUUCGAAUAUGCAAUCUUUACGAACGACCGCCCCUUAAUUCAACUACUCGUUGAGUUGGAUGCCAAUCAUCCAAGCAGCAAUUUGGAACUGACACGGUCAGCUUGGGGAUACCGGAACGCCCCCGGCACGACUUUGGGAUCAAUGACAUCUCUGCUGUCGAAUUUCGUAUUCUGUCAGGAAGACGAUGAAGAGGCUUGCAAACUGCCUGAACAGAUUGCUUCUGUCGAGGCAUGCCCAAUCACUAGGCAAGUUUUUGAGUUCUUUCGGACAAGACUUCACACCCCAGCAUCAAAACCGGAAUUGCUCGCAUCUGCUAUCAAAGCAAGAAGCAGAAUUGUCCUGAAUCUACUAUUAGAGGAUCAGGACCAUUUUGGCGCGUAUGUUAACCACCCGACUCGAGUGGGGGCUACACCAAUAAUGGCUGCUAUUGAUACAGGAGACACAAAGCUUUUGGAACGCCUCGUUCACCAGGGGGCCUCGCUCGACCUACCGUCGUCGACCUUAACUACUUGUUCUCCCCUUCAAUACGCUGCCUAUGUGUCCGAUGCCGACAUGCUUCAGAAAUUACUGUGGCAUGGAGCUAAGAUUAACUAUACCCAUCCUUCAAGCUCUCGAUUUGCAUGGCCUUUGGGUAAUUCAAACGACUAUAAAGCCGAUUUCACAUAUAUUGGGAAAACUGCUCUCCAAUCGGCCUUUCUUUGGGACAACAACGAGAAUGCAAUUUUCCUCCUCGAAGCAGGACCCGAGUUGGUCGGAAGCGAACUGGCAAUCGCAAUCGCAUCCCGUCAAGACGCGGUUGUUGAUGAACUCCUCAUCAAAGGAGCAUCUUUCGAGGAGACUUCAGCUAUAUCUGAUGCAAUCUCGGUUCUGGAGACUGUGGCUCUCACAGAAGACAUGGCUUUGAUUUCUCAGAUCAUCAAAAACAGCUCACAGACUGUUGUUGCGUCUUCUCUCUGGGCGGCCAUAUUUGUUGCGGAAUCCACCUCAGAUCUAAGCAUUUUCGAAUUUCUACUGGGUCACAUUUCGGUUGCAUCGCACAGCGAUGUGCUUGGCAGCAAUAUUCGGGCGACUUCUCGGCAGGGUAAUCUACCUCUAGUGGAGAAACUCAAGAAUCUCGGUGCCGACAUCAACGCUCCUGCUGGCGUUCGUGGCGCCACUGCUUUGCAAUAUGCUUCCAUUGGGGGUUAUUUUGGUUUGGUACGCAGAUUAUUGGAGUUCCAGGCAGAUCCUAAUGCCUUGGGAGCGUGGUGUUCAACGGGCCGAACAGCGUUAGAAGGCGCCGCCGAGCAUGGUAAAUUGGACGUUGUUCAGUUACUCCUCAACUCUGGGGUCAAGACCGUCGGUAGUGGCCGUCUUCAAUACGUCCGAGCGAUCAGAUUUGCCCAGAGCGAGGGUCAUCAUGCAGUGGCAAGACUAAUCAAAUCUCACCGGCCCUGGGAGGAGGCCGAUCAGAGGCUAUAUGACGACAAGAAGUUACUCGGAUGUGGGCACAACUACGAGUCGGAUGAAGGGGUUGACAAAGAAACAGACGAGGAGUACGGGUCAUCAAGAGGGACUUCCGAGGCCGAGUGCGAGGUAUCAGGAGUUCCAUGCGAGGUUCCUGGGGAGACCUUUGAGGUGGACGACGGAAAAGGUGGCGACCCUGACACGGCUUUUGGCGGCGACGAAGAGUUACCAGGGUAUCCUACUCUGGUGCCUGUCGGUAUUGAAGAAGGGCUCGCACACGGUGUUGACGAGGGGUUAGAACGUCCAGGAGACCUAAUCUGGACGGAGGCCUACGAGACGUUUAUCUCAGAACUACCUUGGUUGAUGAGGAAGGAUAUUGAACUGGACACGAUGAAUGAGAUCCGGGAUUGA